GGACGGGCAGAGCGGCCUGUGAGUCACCCCCCAGCCUCGGGCCGGCGCCCACACCCUCUCCCCGACCCGGCCCGGCCCGGCCCGCCCACGGUGCGGCAUGGAUUAUGCGGCGGUGGCGGACGCGGUGGCGGAGAAGCUGCUGGGAUAUUGCAGGGACGGCAGCGGGUGGCGGGUGUGCAAGGCGUCGAAUGAUGUUUGUGUAUCCUGGAGACCAUCAUCAGAAUAUUCUGGAAACCUGUACAAAGGUGAGGGGAUCAUUAAAGGUGCACCACAGGAAGUUUGGGAAUGUCUCAAACCGGUGCCCGAUGGACUAAGAGUGAAGUGGGACAAAAACGUGAAAGUGUUUGAGCUGAUUGAGACCAUCAAUGAUACUCUGUCCGUGUGCAGAACGGUUACACCUUCAGCGGCCCUGGGCAUUAUCUCCCCAAGAGACUUUGUGGAUGUCAUUUUAAUCAAACAAUAUGAAGAUGGAACUAUAUCCUCUAAUGCUACUAAUGUAGAACACCCUGGCUGUCGUCCGAAACCUCAUUACGUGAGAGGACUCAAUCACCCAUGUGGAUGUUUCUGUGCCCCCCUUUCAGGGGAGCCACGGAAGACCCAGUUGACCACAUUUUUUCAGACUGACCUGGGUGGCUAUCUCCCCCAAUCAGUGGUGGACUCUUUCUUUCCGUCGAGUAUGGCUGAGUUUUACAGCAAUCUCUCCAAAGCUGUGAAGACAUUGAAGGCUUGAUGAAUGAUGAUUCCCUGCACCCUUCAACAAACUCUGCUGUCCACUUUUGCUGCAUUGGAGAUCAUUUUUUGAUUUGAGGAUAUCAUUGGACUGAUUUUUCAUUGCUUUGAAGAGGAAAGUAAUUCCAUAAUUAUUUUAGAAUAAUGAAUUGAAUGGAGAGAGCGUUUCAGUGACAUAAUGAGGACCAAAAAUAGUAGAGCUAUAUAUAUAUGUGGACGUUGAUAAUAAAUUAAAGCAUAAGUAUUUAAAUUUUCAUUAAUUGGGUAUCUAAUUGAAAAUAUAUGUACUUUUAAAGAUUUUUAAAUAACUUUUAAUCUUCGAUUCACUUGCCCAGAAAUGAAUAAGAUAGUUUUAUUUUUCUAAUUACAUAAAGUACAGGAGCAGUUCAGCAGAUUGUCUCCUUUAUUUAAGUGUGAGUUGGAUGUCCUGUUUGUCAAGUGUGAAAAGCAAAGGAUAGAUUACAGCAACAUAUGCAUUAUUGCAACGUGUUCAGAACCUGGUCAUCGCAAGAUGAUCUGCACUCUCUCUGGUGCACUUUUCCUCACUUUAUCCUGGAGUGGAACUUGAACUAUAGGGCAAGCAGUGUCUUUGGAGUGAUGCUGCAGUAUGAAGUAGUAUUAAGUUGGUUGGCCAGAAGCUGUAAAUGUGCUUGGAGUAGGUGCAGCUUAUACUGAAUCUGGCUGAUCCGAAUUCUGACUUUAAGAACAAUCCACGUGGUAAAUCUAUAUAAAUCUAUAAUCUGUGAUGUAAUAUUUCCAAACAUUGAAAUUUACUGCGCAGAAGAUAGCUAUGUGCCCCUUAGUACCUCUGCCAUUAAAAGGCAUAUUUAUUUCUGGAUGGUUAUGUAUUCAGUUAAUUAUUUAACAAAAUAUAACCCACUUUCCAAACAACAUUUGGUCCCUGUGUUUGUCAUGGGAGUCAGCAAAAAUCAAGAUGAGAGUUCAAGAUCAAGUUGCUUGAUAAAAUAUUAUUUUCACCACAUAAUAUUCAAAGAAAUUGAUGCUUUAAUCAUUGUCUUCCCAAGCUCUCAAUUUAGGCAUCGGCUCCCUGCAUUGGAAAACUGGUGUGACACUGCAAUUAUUUGCAGGAUACCUGGCGUUGAAAGGUAGUGAGUUAGUCAAUGUUUAAUCUAAUCCAUGCAUUUGCAAACACUGGCAGAUGAGCCGCUGGUGCACGUGCUGCAAGUUUCACCAAUACUUCAAUGGUACCAGCCAGCUGCCCCACAUUAAUCUUCACCAGGACCACUCCUCGCAGGGUAUCCGUGUGUAAUGGAAUACCUAGUCAUUUGCAUGUAAAUGGUGUAUUUAAUAUUAUUACAUUUGUCAAAGUGCUCCAAUCAGGAAAAUCACCAGUGGUAUGAAUGUCUUUAAUUGUUGCAUCCUAUAAGCACUAACUCUUGCGAUAAAACUUGAAUAUUCCAAGGGUAUAGAAUUUGAAUGAAUUUAUUUUCUACCUCCUUUGUGAAAGAUGAUUUAAUUUGUACAGUAUUAGUACUGUAAACAUAGGCCAGUAUUGUGACACUUUUAUUUUGAACUUGCACUUUUUUUAAUGGAUUGUAAUUUUGGAUAUCAUUAUGGAUGAAUCACUUAUUUAUUUGGAAAUGUGUCAUUGAUUGAGUCAUUGUCCCGGUAAUGCAAGUCACUGUGUUGCUGGAGAUUCAUGCAUUAAAAUUUUAAA